CUAACAAUUACCUACCAUCAAAUUAUCAAAUAUCAAAUAACUAACUUGUUUUCAAAAUAUAAAUAAAUAAUCAUCAACAUUUUGAAUUCUCAAAAAAAAACAAUUUCCUUUUUUUUUCCAAUAAAACAGAUUUACAAUCGACCUUUUUUUCUUUUGUAACAAAUAUAAUACAAUGUCAAGUUUUAACAGACGUAAUCAAGAAAGAACUCACGAAGAUUCAAGAAGAACAAUAUUGUUGUGUCAAAAGGAUCGAAGUAUGGAGGCCCGUAUAGAAUCUGCUCGUAAAGCCUCAGAUAUCCAUAAAAAACGUACGGGUAGAGCCCUUCGUAUUACUGCAGAAGACGUUAGAAACGAAGAGAUGUAUCAAGAAAUUGAUCCCGAUGAAGAAGCUAAAUUAGACAAAUUUCAUCGUGAAGUAAUUGGGGAAAAUCGCUAAAAUCGCCAAUUUGAUAAUAAUAAAAUAAAAAGAAAAAAAAGAGAGAGAUGGCGAAUUAUUAUUUGAAGGAUGGGAUAUUCUUUAAAAAUAUAACAACUUUUUCUUUCUUUGAAAUUUUGUUAAUUUUGUUUUUUUUAGCAAAUCUAAAUUUUUUUUGGCAAUGUAAAAAAAUAUUGUUAAUUAAUAAUAACCCUGUCAAAUAAAUCCAGAAAAUAUUAAUACAC